UUAAUGGGUUAAUGUUGGUUAAUGUCUACUUUUGCUGUCAAUUUAGCCCAAAAUGUCGGAAGAAAGUGAAAAAAACUCGUUGGAAAAAGUUAGCGAAGUCGAUGGAAGUACGGACGGAAUAAUAUUAAAUAAAAGUGCAAAGAAACGUAACAAAAAUAAAAAGAAAAAGAAUGAAAACCAAGAAGAAAACACUGACCAAAGCAACGAGGUUGUCCAAGCCGAAAACAACUUAUUAUCUAACCUAUCAAACCCUAUUAAUACAAUAUCAAUUAAGGAGCUAAAAGCAGCGAUGGAAGUAUUUACUCUAUCACAAAAACCUGCAAAAAGUUCAGAAGAAGCACUAAAGAAGACAUUCCAGUUUUGGAAUACCCAGCCUGUACCUAAAAUGGACGAAAAAAUAACUGUUAACGAAGCCAUUGAGCCAGACAAAGAACCUGCUGAAAUUAGACAAGAACCGUACAGUUUGCCUGACGGUUUUAUGUGGGACACUCUUAAUCUAGACGAACCGUUGGUGCUCAAAGAGUUAUAUACGCUACUCAAUGAAAACUAUGUCGAAGAUGAUGAUUGUAUGUUUAGAUUUGAUUAUCAACCCGAAUUUUUAAAAUGGGCUUUACAACCGCCGGGAUGGAAGCGAGAGUGGCAUUGCGGAGUCAGAGUUGUAAAAAGUGGUAGAUUAGUUGGAUUUAUCUCCGCAAUUCCAGCAACAUUAAACAUUUAUAAAAAGACACAAAGAAUGGUGGAAAUAAAUUUUCUGUGUGUACAUAAAAAACUACGUUCCAAACGAGUCGCGCCCGUGUUGAUUCGAGAAAUCACCCGCAGAGUACACCUAAAUGGCCUCUUUCAAGCAGUUUACACCGCCGGCAUAGUCCUACCGAAACCGGUUAGUACUUGUACCUACUGGCAUCGAUCGCUGAAUCCGAAAAAAUUAAUCGAGGUGAAGUUUUCUCAUUUAUCUCGUAAUAUGACGCUGCAACGGACUCUGAAGUUGUACAAACUGCCGGACAAGCCUAAAACUCCGGGAUUUAGGAAAAUGACAGCCGAAGAUAUACCUCAAGCUCACAAAUUACUGGUAGAGUAUUUAAGUCGAUUCGACCUAGCGCCAUAUUUUAACGAAGAGGAGUUCACGCAUUGGUUCCUACCUAGAACGAACAUAAUCGACAGUUUCAUAGUGGAAAACAACGGAGAAAUUACGGAUUUCGUCAGUUAUUACACUUUGCCGUCGACGGUAAUGCAUCACCCUGUUCACAAGAAUCUGAAGGCCGCGUACUCGUUCUACAACGUAUCCAAAGGCACAUCCUGGGUGCCUCUGAUGACAGAUGCCUUAAUUUCAGCCAAACAACUCAGUUUUGACGUUUACAAUGCCUUAGACCUGAUGGAAAAUUCCGAGUUUUUGUUGCAAUUGAAGUUCGGGCUAGGCGACGGGAAGUUGCAGUACUAUUUAUACAACUGGAAGUGCCCUAGUAUGAUGCCGUGCAACAUAGGACUGGUUCUACAAUAGGGCAUAGAAAUUAUUACUCGACUUUGCGUUUUUUUGUAUGAGAUCGGAACGUAGAGGCGGAAUAACGAUUUCUUUACAUUAUGAUAAAUUUCAAAUUAUAUAUAUACUUUUCUUGUCUACAAAUCUUUGGUUUCAAUUCAAUUAUACUUGUGAUAGUUGAUGUAUCACUUUUAAAUGUUUAUUUAGAACAGUUUAAAUAAAAUGAUUUAUUUAUAACAA